AUGACAAGUGCCAAAGAAGCAGAUCAGGGGAAGGAUGCCUCCACAUCAAAUGUGUCCAAGAGUAGAUCACCGUCCAAGGACAAGUCAACGUCUGCGCCAGGGUCUGAUGCGCCUGCGCGGACCUCGAAAAAGCGCAGAAAGGUCAAUCAUGCGUGCAUAUAUUGCAGACGUUCGCAUAUGACCUGCGACCUUCCUCGUGAAGGCGUCAAGAAAGCCAAAUCAGAACCUGUGAAUGGUAACGCUCAGAGCGAGGCUCCUAAAAGCGGAGUACCCGCCUCCGAUACCGCCUCGCAUGCCAUGUCCCAGCAAAUCAGCGCUCCUGAUGCAGGGCUGAACCUGGCGCCUCCUCACCUGCCUCCCAGCAGAACUGCCAGUACGUCUUCGAUCACGCAGGCCAACCCCGUAUCCGCGCCACAAUUACCUGGAGUGGCGUCUGGCAACCAGUCUUUCUUGAACUACGAUGACCUCCUUUCUUCUUCCCAAAAUAACUUUCAAGAUAUGCACCAUUUUCACCCUUCAUAUAUGUUCAACACAUCAGAGGUCAGCAAUGAGUACAAUCUGUUCAACGACUUCCUGAACAACAAUCUCAUGGAUGACGGCUCUUUCUACGGAGGUGGGGAUCUUCACACCCUAUUCUCCGACGCAUCCUUGAUGAACCCUAUGGGUACCCUGACCAACAAUGCGACCUUCGACCCCAGUACAUCUAGAAAUCCUCAGCUACUUCCGCCACCCGCGCAAACCACUGUCAGCAAAUCUGUCCAACGGUCAUCAAAUAGCGUUACCGCUGACAAGGCGCGAGAGAGGUACCUUAUGGCGGCUGCUGACCCAGCUGGUAACGACAGUCCUGAAGAGCGCAUGAACAAGUUGCUCAAGGCCAAGAUGGACGCUGGUUUACUGAAGCCUUUCAACUAUGUUAAGGGCUACGCAAGGCUGAACCAGUACAUGGAACAAAACUUACAGCAAAUUUCGCGCGUGCGAAUACUACGGCAACUUGACAGGUUCAGGCCGAAGUUCAGGGAACGAGUAUCGAAGCUGACCGAUAUGGAACUGGUGCGUGUAGAGAUGUGGUUCGACAAGAGCUUGAUGGAAUAUGACCGUGUCUUUGCCAGCAUGGCGAUACCCGCGUGUUGCUGGCGGAGAACGGGCGAGAUAUACCGAGGGAACAAGGAGAUGGCACGUCUCAUUCACGCGCCAAUGUCGAAGCUACGAGACGGUAAUAUUGCGCUGCACGAGAUCAUUGCUGAGCCCUCGCUGGUGUCCUACUGGGAGAAGUUCGGCGCUAUCGCCUUCGAUCAUACCCAAAAGGCCAUUCUCACUAGCUGCUCUCUUAAGAAUCCCGAUCCGAACUCUAAGGACCCUGAAAUCCGAUGCUGCUUCUCAUUCACCGUCAAGAGAGACAUGUGGAACAUACCGGCAUUGAUUGUGGGCAACUUUCUUCCGAUUACAGAGCCAAUCUCUGGACCUUUACCGACCUCUUGAUACCGUGCGAAACGUUUUCAAUUGUACAGAUACCGAGUGCACUUUCUGAAAAUAGCGCAUACUGGGGUGCUAUGCAGACUAUGUGAGCGUUCGUUAGGAAAAGGUGUCGCAUUCUAAGGUCAACAGCCUAAUUGUCUCGUUGCAAGGUUUUCU